AUGCAGGCCCUGGGAAGUCCCCGGAGGCUGAAGGUGUUCGAGGACCUGGAGCGAGGGGGGCGUCACUCAGACCGGGCUUUGGCUGAAGAUGAACGUCAGGAGCAGGGCGGCGCCUGCCUAGCCGGCCUCCCACGGGCUACCCGCUGGCCAGCUGGGACCUUGAGGCCGGGAGGACUAGGCGAGAAACGUGACCGGGACUCCCUGACUCCUGGGCCGAGGCUUUCCUUUGCUCUGUUUGCUCUCUUCUUCCUCAAAGGAGGAUAUGAAGCGUUUUCAGCUUCCUGCCCGGAGCUGUGCAGCAAACAGUCGACCCCCAUGGGGCUCAGCCUUCCCCUGAGUUCUAACGUCCCUGACAGCGCCGACUCGGGGUGCAGCUCCUGCAGCACCCCACUCUACGAUCAGGGUGGCCCAGUGGAGAUCCUGCCCUUUCUGUACCUGGGCAGUGCCUAUCAUGCUUCCCGCAAGGACAUGCUGGAUGCCUUGGGCAUCACUGCCCUGAUCAACGUCUCCGCCAACUGUCCCAACCAUUUCGAGGGUCACUACCAGUACAAAAGCAUCCCGGUGGAGGACAACCACAAGGCGGACAUCAGCUCCUGGUUCAACGAGGCCAUUGACUUCAUAGACUCCAUCAAGAACGCCGGAGGGAGGGUGUUUGUCCACUGCCAGGCGGGCAUUUCCCGCUCGGCCACCAUCUGCCUCGCGUACCUCAUGCGGACUAACCGGGUCAAGCUGGACGAGGCCUUUGAGUUUGUGAAGCAGCGGAGAAGCAUCAUCUCCCCCAACUUCAGCUUCAUGGGCCAGCUGCUGCAGUUUGAGUCCCAGGUCCUGGCCCCCCACUGCUCGGCAGAGGCGGGGAGCCCCGCCAUGUCCGUGCUGGACCGGGGCGCCUCCACCACCACCGUCUUCAACUUCCCCGUCUCCAUCCCGGUCCACUCCACGAACAGUGCGCUGAGCUACCUUCAGAGCCCCAUUACGACCUCUCCCAGCUGCUGAAAGGCCACGGGAGGCGAUCUUCACCACCCACCGGGACUCCGGGCUCCCCCUUGAGAGAAAAUGCAGUCACUGCAGGGAGGGGCUCCUGAGGGCUGGUCCUUACUUAUUUAUUAAUUUCCCCCGAGUUCCACUGGGCUCCCAAGCAGCCACAGUGAUGGCUGAGCAUCGAGGCGCUCGCUGGACUCGGCACAUUCGGGACCAACGUCGAGUGGGUACCUCGCGUCCCCCUGACAAAGUGGGGCAGAAGGGAGAGGACUCCGCGUGCGAGCCGAUUCUUUUCGCUUGCCCCCGUUUUUCUGUACACACUUCAUGCUUGACAUACGUACCAGUGUUACCAUUCCCGACGACACAUGCAUACGCGAAUAUACCUUAUUUAUUUUUGUGCGGGCGGCCCGCCUUCACAAAGGUCAGUGUCGCCUCCUAGAAGAACCAAAUACCUCAGUUUUUGUGUUGAGUACUGUCACGUCCUGUAAAUACAGCCUGAGCAGGUUUGUUCUCGGCACUGGCGGAGGGAGGUGCCGGUGUUGCUGUUUUCAGUUGCCAACAGUUGUCUGUUUGCUGAUUAUUUAUGACCUGAAAUAAUAUAUUUCUUCUUCUGAGAAGACAUUUUGUUACAUAAGGAUGACUUUUUUUUAUACAACAGAAUAAAUUAUGGCAUUUCUAUUGAA